AUGCCUCUCUUGAUGACGAACUACAACAGACAAGACAUCUUCGCCUCACUUCAAGCAGAACUGAUCUACAUAAUCAUGCGUCUUAUCAGUGGCGAAGGCAGCACCUCAGAGGACCGCGACUACAAUACUCGUAUGCUGCUAGCCUACGAGGCGCUUUGGAAGCAGUUUAUGAUAAUAACUGAUACACCGUGCAGUGUAGACUCCAAGAGCUCAAAAACAUAG